GAACAUUUGUUGUAACAACUGAUUAGACGGAACGGCUUAAGCCAAUAUAUUGACAAGGUAGUAGGGAAGGACAGUAAUAUGGAUAUAACAGAUAAUCCUGGCAAUAAUAGUAGUAUUAGCAGCAGUAGCUCUGAAAGGUUAGGUAACCUUUUUCACGGUGGGACAGUUAUGACAGAAAGCAACAGCUAUACUUCCGAUGUACCUAUAUAUGAAAUGAUACCCACUGUUUUUCCUCUAAUUAUCAAACGUAAAGACAUCAAACUAUCGUUACCUGCCGGGUCAAUUUUUGUCAAUGAUAGAGGAUUAGUCUCGUAUACUAUACCAGCCAGAUAUAAAGACAUGGAUGUGAUAUGUACAGCUUCUAUUGCACGAAAUUCAAAUAUCCUCACAGUCAAGCAAAAUGAACACAUAUGGUUUAUGUCGGAAGAAUUGUCGCCCUGUCGAUACAUGGUAAGUCUAUUAGGCGGUCUAAAGGCUUACGCUAGUGAACUGGGGUUAAGCUCUAGAGAGCUGUAUUAUGGUACCGAAGUCGGUGAGGAUACCGUAGAAAAGCCUCCAUUGCAACUGUAUGUUAUGAAAGGAUAUCAAAAUGGAACCUUAGGCGAAUAUUUGAGGGAUAGAAGGUUGAACUACUUGAGAAUCGAGCCGUUUUAUUUUCUCCAAAUGGCUAUUUGUCUAUUCUCAAUGCUUGCCGAUGCUCACACCUUGAAUAUUGGACUCGUUGACAUUUCCUUAGAUAGCCUCUAUGUGGCAACAGAUGGGGGAAUAUAUUUCAGUGGCUAUCGAUCGUGUUUAUUCCUUCAUGAAAGUAGUGUCCAUAGUAGCACUAGUACAAAGGAUAGCAGUGAUUGUUAUUAUUCAUGGAUAAAUCCUGCCACUAUCAAGUGCCCAGAGUAUGAAAAAUUGAAAACGAACUAUUUGAAGGAAACAGAUGUGUUUUUAGCAUCCUGUAUUUUAUUGAAAUUGGUACAGAAACCAGAGAGUCAAGCUAAGGAUUUGUUUGAGAUAGAUGCGGAAUCAGAAAAGGUUGUCCUUGAUGAGCAAGAGCUAGACUAUUCCACUUUCGAAAAAGUGAUUCCUAUUAUUAAGAGAGGGCUCAAUUACGAUUAUACUGAGAGAUUAUCAGCCAAGGACAUGUUAUAUUGCUUUGAAACAAUGCGAUCAAAAGCACUUGCUGCCCAUACCUGAAAUUUUGUGACUCGCAACUUUCUGAUCAGAAUCCCCAUGUUCAAAAAGAAAAUUCACUUCUCUGUCUAAUACAUUAUCAAUUUGAACUGUUACUGUAUAAAAGCGAAAAAAUGAAUUCUCGCUUGCACAAAAGGUUGUUAGUUACGAUUGACCGUGUUAAUGUAGCUA